AUGAGCAGUGUCCUGCUCGGUGCGGCGAUGAACUGUCCAGCCUCCAAGGUCGUCGUCGGCGGUUACAGCCAAGGCGCAGCGGUCGCGCACAGGUCAAUAGAAAGCCUCCCGCCCGUGGCCAAGGACCAGAUAGUUGGUGUCCUCAUGGUUGGCGACACCCAGAAGAUGCAGGACGGCAGUCGUAUAUUCAGCUUUCCGCCUGACAGAGUGUCGUUUCUGUGCAAUCCGGGAGAUGUCAUUUGCGACGGGCAGCUGGUAGUGCUGGCCCCGCACCUGGAUUAUACACGCCGUGCUGGCGAGGGCGUCGGAUUUCUGGCAUCGAAGAUUGGUAAAUUGUAG